GAGAGCAGCCGGCGCCGCCGCCAAAUUUCAUGGAAACACACUCUCAAUCAAUCCGAGUGCUAGUUCGCCCACCGCCGCCGCCCGCCCCCACGCACCCCCUCCCCCCACAGCCCCCGCCGCCGCCCGACGCAUAUCCACCGACUAAGAACGGCGUCGUGGUGGUUGGAUUCGUAGGGAGGCGCCCCCGAGAAGUCGCUCAUCUCAUCAACAAAAUCGUCGACUCCUACGCCUUUGGCUCCGGCGGUUUGGACACUCCGUUUCGCUUCGAGCCCGACAGGAUCGACUCGGAGAUGAGGAGAUGGCUCGAGAUCAGGAAUUUGAGCUUCUAUCUCGACGAAGACAGGGGGAUUUUGUACCUGCAAUUCUCCAUGGCUGACUGCACACUAGCUGAGGCGAUGCUGUCAGAGGGGAGGAUGGGUUUUGAGUCGGAUUUGGAGGAUCACGAGCUCGGGGAUCUCAAGGGAUUGAUUUUUAUGUUCACUGUCUGUCACAUUGUAAUACUAAUUCAGGAGGGGUCACGCUUCGAUACUCAAUUGCUAAAAAAGUUACGGGUUCUGCAAGCUGCUAAACAUUCAAUAGUUCCAUUUAUUAGGUCACAAAAUAUAUCAUCCAUAGCGUCUAGGCCACGUUCUUCAGCUCAGUCACGAAUACCUGCUUCUGGGUCAUUAUUUAGUAAUGCUGUUCCUGGUAAAAUUCAAGGGAUUCAGAAUCGCAAUGCUUCAGCCAAUUCAGUAAUGUCGGGUUUAGGUUCCUUCACCUCUUUGCUUCCCGGUCAAUGUACCCCAGUUGUACUCUUUGUGUUUGUUGAUGAUUUCUCUGAGAUUUUUAAUACGGAACAGUCUUCAGAGACAUCAUCCUUAAAUGUGCCGUCAAGUUUGAACAGCUCUACGAGACCAGGAAUGGGUGCUAAAGGAUCUAGUUCUGUUGUUAUGCUUGCACGGCCUGUGAACAAAUCUGAAGGUGGACUGAGGAAAAAAUUACAAUCAUCCCUUGAGGCACAAAUUCGGUUUUCAAUAAAAAAAUGCCGAACGCUUUCAGUAUUUGAAGGCAGUCAUGGUGGGUCAAGGACUGGUAUGGUUGCUAGUUCGGCCCCUCUUUUUACACUGGAUGCAUCAAAGGCUGUUUCACUCGUAGAUGCUUGCUCAACUCAGAGUUGUGAAUCUCUCGAGUUUGCAAUUGGCCUUGUUGAACAAGUAUUAAAUGGGAAAGCAACCCCAGAUUCUCUUUUGCAUGAAAGUCACCAUCAAAAUACAAACAAAGAGGAUAUCCUCUCUGUGAAGGAGUUCAUCCACAAGCAGUCUGAUCUUCUAAAAGGAAGAGGUGGUUUGCUGGGUAAUGGCAGCAGCGGUGCUGCAGGUGUUGGUAUGGUUGCUGCUGCAGCGGCGGCUGCAGCAGCCUCGAUCUCUGCAUCUGCUGCUUCUGCAAAGUCAGUUAACCCACCCGAGCUCCCAACUUUAGAGAUAUGGUCAACUUCUUCUCAGUCGAUUCUUCACAGAAUUCUUUCUGUAAAAUCUGGUUGCACGUAUCAAGGCAAAAUCAACCACAUGCAAGAGAAGGAUGCAAGUAUACCUCUAACAGAAUCUGUACCAACGUCUUCUGAUCCAUAUGAAUCUGCAUCGUCACUUCUGGAGAAUGGUAUCGGAAUGAACACUAGAUUUUCAAUCUCGUGGUGUGAAAAAGCCUUUCCAGUUGCAAAGGAGGUUUAUUUGAACGAUCUUCCUCCUUGUUAUCCAAGUUUUCAGCACGAGGUCCAUUUAAAGAAAGCCUUGCAUGCCUUUAUGUCUAUGGUGAAGGGACCUGCUGUGCACCUGUAUGUAAAAAAAUUGAAGGACGAAUGCAUGUCUAUCUGGAGUUCUGGAAGGCAAUUGUGUGAUGCAGUUAGUCUGACUGGGAAACCUUGCAUGCAUCAAAAGCAUGAUAUAAAAUCUAUUUCCAGUGAUGAGAUCAAACAUCAUUCAAGUGGAUUUGUUUACCUCCAUGCUUGUGCAUGUGGGCGUUCUAGGCAAUUGCGGCCUGAUCCUUUUGAUUUUGAUUCGGCAAAUGUUGUGGGCAAUACUUUUGUUGAUUGUGAUAAGCUUCUUCCAAGAGUUAAGUUGCCAGAAGGAAUUGUUAAGGGACCCAUUCAACCUUCAUCAUGGAAUUUGAUUCGUAUUGGGGGUGCAAGGUAUUAUGAUCCUUCAAAAGGUUUAAUCCAAAGUGGAUUUUGUGCAACUGAGAAAUUUCUGCUUAGGUGGACUAUAUUUCUUGAGAAACCACCGCUAAAUGACUUCCAGCUGGGUUCCUCAGACAGAAAUCCCGGAUUCAAAACUGCUUUAGAAACAGAUGAUCAAACAUCUGAUGUUGCUCGGUUAGGAGCUGGAAGGGCACAAAAUGGAGUUGGGAAUCCAAAAAAGCCCUAUUCGGAUAUCACUGGAAAUGGUAGUAAAAAAUUAUUGAGUGCUGGUCGAGGAUUAUCCAACUUUACAAUGAGAAAACCAUUUUCUGAAGUUGUUGCUGGAACUGCUGCUAACUCUGCAUUUCCUCCACUCUUUUCUAGAAAACAGCCUAUACAAGAUGCUGAGAAAGGUGUUAAACUACAUAAUGGACGGCACAGGGAUCUGGACAAACUUGGCGAUGCUGUCAACAGUCAAGAAACUCUGAAGGUUAAAGAUACUGCGCCCGUUGGUAAUUUGCAGCAUAAUGGCACUGCUAACAAUGCCACGGAGUAUGGCGAUUCUUUUCCUCAUAUUGGAAGCAAUAUACCUUCUUUAAAUGUGAGUGGUGGUGAACAGAUUAAGGCCACCAAUCUUCCAAUGAAGGCUGCCACUGUAUAUGUGGGCUUUGAACAUGAGUGUCCCCGUGGCCAUAGGUUUAUAUUAACUCGGGCUCAUCUUAGUGACCUGGGGUCACCAUUCUCAGUUCCUGAGGAGAAUGGUCCCCCUUUGCCAGUGGAAAACUCAGAUAAAAAACAAGAUCCUGCUAAAUUGGGUAAACUUGGCAACAGUGGUAGAACCAGGCGGCAGGGACAUGGGCUAGUUAUGGGUGGUGGUAUUAGUAAGGCGAAGAACCUUGAGAAGUCAAAAGAGAAAGUGGUCAAUGGGAACAGAAACAAAAACAAUCGAAACCUUGUCGAGGAUCUUGAUGACCUUAAACCCACUAGUAUUGAUGAUCGCGGUGGUGCCUUCUCCCUUUUGAAUAGAAACUUACCGAUAUAUAUGAACUGUCCACAUUGUAGGGAGUCAAGGCCCAAAAACAAUACAUCUAAUGUUAAGUAUGCAAGUGCUAUCUCACAGCUGCAGAGGAUCUUUGUGGUGACUCCUUCAUCUCCGAUUGUUUUGGCUGCAAACCCAGUUAUUCAAUUCGAGUUAUCUUGUUUACCUCCCUCUAUCCCUGAUCGUGAACAAAAGCUACAGUUCAGCUUGGGCUGCCCUGCGAUUCUGCCGCCAGAUAGUUUCCUCUCUUUGAGGCUUCCAUUUGUUUAUGGUGUGGAACUGGAGGAUGGGAGUCUGCAUUCUCUUCUACCUUUUGAAAAUCAACCACACCUCACUGCAUCUAUAAAGAGGGGAACAGCUUUGCAGGUUAUGCCAAAUCAGGGCGCGCUUAAUCCCGAAUCAGCGUGGUUGAUGUCGAAACACUUUCCUGCUCCGUAGACGAUUGACUUGUACUCGGUUUCUGGGUACUUUGCAAGUGGAGACUUCCCCUACCGCAUGAGGUAAAUCCUCAUAGUGUGCUAUGGAAUUCGAAAAUAUGAUUUUUCAACCUUUUUAUGUCAGGUAUAUAAAGCAUUAAAAUCAUAACAAGACAUGCCUUCUCUCUUUCGUUGGAGUGUCAGUGCAAUAGAUAUAUAAGUGCGUAUAUAUAAUUGCCAUAAUGAAAAUGGAUAGUAGAUGAAAGGUGUGUAAUUGUUAUCGAAAUGAAAAUAUUCAAAUGAUCCUUAUGAUCUUACUGCAUAUGUUUCAUUGGUCUAUUAUUAAAUAUAUCUUAUUUUGUUA